AUGAAGGGAAGACCGAGAGUUGCCACAGGAGGCUCUGUAAAAGGCACAACGAUUAUGAUUGGAGACUACGGCCUGCGCAUGAUCGACCACCACAGGAGGAUAAGUGCGGCACAACUGAAGCUCGCGGAAGCGACCAUCAAGCAAAGACUUCGUGGGCAAAGAUACCGGCUGUACACAAGAGUCAAUUGUAACAUUGGCGUCUACAUCAGCGGAAACGAGGUUCGUAUGGGUAAAGGAAAGGGUUCCUUUGACCAUUGGGCGGCGAGAGUUGCGGUCAACCGUGUCAUCUUCGAGAUCAGGGGAGCAUUGCACGAGCAGGUUGCCCGAGACGCCUUCCGACUGGCUGGUAACAAGCUGCCGGGCCAGUACGAGUUCAUCAAGAAGGGUGAGCCAGCUGUUGUGGGCAUAACAAAACUGGACGGGGUCACUCUCGACGAUCUGAAGCGACCACGAAAACAGGUGCCUACGGUCGAAGCACCCAAUGUGGCACCAGCAGUAGCGACCACUCCGUCCACUGUUCCUCCGACGCCUCCAGCACCAUGA